AUGGAUGAUGAUUGGGAUCUUCAGGCGGUGGUGAGAAGCUGUUGCACCACCACCUCUUCCGCCACCUCCUCCACUGUCACAACUACCUCCGGCGGCUCCCAGCUCUUCAGCAGCUUCAACACACAGCAAGAUGUGAACUUUACUUCAUUUCAAGAUCUGUUUGAGCCAAGAAGACAUAGCUUCUUUGAAGAUUUGCAGGAUCUGUAUAAACCCUUUUUUCCACAAAGCACAACAAUUUCACCACUCUCUGUUCUUGGCGGAUUACAAGAUCUAUCACAGCAAACACAAAUUCAGCCUAAACAAUCUCUUGUUGCAGUAAAAAGUAGUACUUCAAAUACUCCUAGCUCAAGAUCCAAAAGAAGGAAGAACCAUUUGAAGAGGGUUUGUCAUGUGCCAGCAGAUAGCUUAUCUAAUGACAUGUGGUCAUGGAGAAAAUAUGGCCAGAAACCCAUUAAAGGAUCUCCCUAUCCUAGAGGAUAUUAUAAAUGCAGCACUUCAAAGGGUUGUAUGGCCCGGAAACAAGUGGAGCGGAAUAGAUCCGACCCGGGAAUGUUCAUUGUAACUUACACGGCGGAGCACAACCACCCUAUGCCUACUCACCGGAAUUCUCUAGCCGGAAGUACCCGGCAGAAGCCGGCGACCACCCCAAGUGCCGAAGCCGACGAUGCAGACAAAACCACUUGCUCAACACCGGUGUCGCAAGCGGAGAGCCCCUCGACGGCGCCGGAGAAGGUGGAGAGCAGCAGGGAGGACAGAGAGAACCAAGUUGAAGCUGAUGGUGAAGAUGAUGAAUUUAGUGUCUCAAACAUGGAUUUGGAUGAUGAUUUCUUUGUGGGUCUUGAGGAAUUCACCAGUCCGGAUCACGGAGAUUUGUUUUCGGAUCAAUUUCCGGCGAGUAUGCAGUUUCCUUGGCUUGCCAGUAAUCCAACAUCCACCGCUGCCGGCAGUAGUUGA